AACAGGUCAAGAGACCAAGAGAGAGAGAGAUCUCAAUGGAAGAAAGAGAUACUCCUAAAAGCUCCAUUGUUUAUUAAAGAAGACAUAAGACUUUAAGGAAGUUCAGUGGAAGCUCCAUUCUGUUUACUUCUAAAAAGCUUUUAGAUUUGAAAAGUUGCUAUCUACUCUCAAAUAUCUUUUUGAACUGCUCUCUCUCUCUCUCUCUCUCUCUACUCUUUCACUGCUUCAGCCUUCUCCAUGAGGGUGGUGGCUAAUAUGCCGUCGUCGUCGUCGCCGCCGCCGCCAUCUUUGAGCAAGAAGAGCUCUAAUGAUGAUCAUAAUGAUCAUUCUGAUCAGCUUAGAAGAGGCCCAUGGACUCUCGAUGAAGACAAUCUUCUCGUUCAUUGCAUUGCUCGUCAUGGCGAGGGCCGCUGGAAUUUGCUUGCAAAACGUGCUGGAUUGAGAAGAACAGGCAAGAGUUGCAGACUCAGAUGGCUGAAUUAUCUAAAGCCAGAUGUUAAGCGUGGAAAUCUUACUCCUCAAGAACAGCUCUUGAUCCUUGAUCUCCAUUCUAAGUGGGGAAACAGGUGGUCGAAAAUUGCACGAUAUUUACCAGGAAGAACGGACAACGAAAUCAAGAACUACUGGAGAACUCGAGUGCAAAAACAGGCAAAGAAUCUGAAAAUAGAUGCUAAUAGCUCUGCUUUCCAGGAAAUAAUCAGAUAUGUCUGGAUUCCAAGAUUGCUUCAGAAGAUUGAAGGAUCAAGCACUUCAUCUUCACCAUCAUCAUCAUUAUCAACAUACCCAACAGUCUCUGAUCAGCCUGUGAAUUGUUCUGCUCCUGAUUUACCACCACCACCACCACCACAACAGGAAGUUUCCGGUCAUCAUCAGGGGCAUGUCGACCACAACUCAGACUCAGAGCAUGGUUCAAAUUCUUGCAUUUCUUCAACAGAAUCAAUGAAUCGCUCACAAAUAUCUGAAUUAUCAGAAUACCCAGCUAGUCCUUUUCAUUCCAUGUGUACCUUUCAGAAGGAUUCCUUCUAUGUUGAUAACUUGGACACCAUGACCUUGGCAACUCUGUCUGUCACUGAAGGAGGUUUUCAGAACUCAACAUGUGAACCUCACGUGUCGGAAAGCAAUUGGGUUGAAUAUGAUUUUGGAGAUAACAUGUGGAACAUGGAUGAAUUUAUGGCAAUUUAGGAGCUAACAAGAAUUGGGAAAUCAAAUCUUAGGAUCUUGUUCUCUUGGAUGCUCCAACUAAAUUUUAUUAGUUAUAAAGUAUCUUAAGUUUGUUAA